UUUUAAAAAAAAAAUUCAAAAAAGCUACAAACCAUGCCCUACAGACAGCCAGGGUUGUCCCGAACCCUACCUAAGGACUUCACGUUUUACACUGGCAAUGAGCAAGCACGACCAAGGACUCCAGAGCAACAUACCAAGGAGCUGACCAUGCCGCCGCCACCUUCUCACCAUUCUUCCUGCCGUUUCCGCAGACCUCGACUCACCAUGGAAAACCAGCGCGAACUUUUCUGCUCACCAGAUAUUCCGUUGCCGUCAAUCGAGCUAUCUCACGAUGCUUCGGCCUCUGUAGCGGACAUUUUCGACAUGGCUGCCCCUCAACUUAUAACUGAUAAUGCGCUACAAGUCCCCCCUAGAGGUAGGGUCGAUCCCAGAACGCCUCCAGCUCAAAUCAGGGGUACCCCCGUUGACGAAAGGCCUUGCUGGACUUAUGGCGAUGCUGAUCCCAUACAACGACCAUCAUCUGCUUGUUCCAAUUUCUCGGAUUCUUCUGCUGCGUCGUCGACAUCCUAUAUCUCGCACCCGUCUAUGGGGGAAAGCUGUACGAGCCCUGAAAGCGAAAUCCAGGACCCUUUCCUCUCGUAUCCCAUCACUAGUGACGCCAAACAAGAACCAGAGACUCCUUCCAAGCCAAGUAAUGUGCAGGAGAAACCUGGCAGAAUAGCAACAACUGGACCGAAAUGGACUGCUGAGAUGGACAACCAUCUGUGGAAUUCGUAUCAGAUAUAUCUGCAAGACCCCAGAAUCACCCCGUUCAAAAUGGUUCCGGGGAGCGUGCCGCCUUUGGGAGUCUCCCAUCGUGUUGCUCGUGAAGCCAGGAAAGCUUGGUUCAGGUCAAAAAAUAGACAGAAGAAUGGUGGCCCUUCAACCGUAACCUCAGCCUCUGUUCCUGUUAUACAUGCGGAAGACGUUUGUGGGGAUGGAAAUAAACAACGAGCAACCGACGAUUCUGCGAUACGAAGUGGAAGUACGACGCCAACUGCCAGUACCGCAGCUCCCAAGCCAACCUGGCCUAGGUCGGACUCCUCUACUAGAAGACGCUUAAAGGAGCUCUGCAAACGGAAAUUUUCAAUCGCGCCCCAUUAUCAACGACUGCUUCAAUCUCGUAGGGUAUCUCAUAGAAGAGCUGCCUCUUUCGCGACUCGAGAUCUUGGAGUAUCGUUGGUGUCCAGCUCUCUGCCAACUCAGGUCGCGGAAUUGGGACCUCCAGUGAACGAUCUGGUCGGUAACAGCUCAGAAAAUGAUUGGUUUAAUAACAUUUCAGGUGAACACGAACUACCACCCCUGAGCUCUCAAAAUCGCCACAGUGACCCAUCAUCAUCGCUCGACCACUACUACCACAGCAAAACAACCCGCGCCCUUUCCAACCCAAUCCCUCGCCUCGGAUCUCCAUUUAUGUACCAUACCUGGGGUCCUGGCAGCUCCCGUCGCCGUCUCCGUUCCGUCACACCAGCCAGCCAGUGCGAGACAAUCCACACAGCCAGCUUAAAAACCCGAUCGCCGGGCGCCCGCAUUGACCCGCUCGGGAACGCUCACAAGCGGCGAGCCCUGCACCAGUUGGAAGACGAGUUGGACUCGAGCGGUGGCAGUCUCCAACGUCCCUUCCCAGAUCUCAUCCGGCAACCUAGAUACAAUGAUAUUAUUGGCCAGAGGCGCAUUCGCGUGCGGAACAGAGGUGUCACGACGGGCGCAAUUGGUGGUUCAAGAGGACGAUUGGAUCAGCUUUUCAACCCUCCAGCUCCAUUUUCGGCGUUUUCUGGGACUUCUUCUACUUCGAUUUAUACUGCUACGGAUACGGCUGCGGCGACAACGGUUACGACUGGUGCUAGAGAAGGCGCCAGUGACAGACAAGAAGCACAGAAACAGGAUAAUAAUAUUAAUCAUAAUAUUAGUACUAUUGACCACCAUUUGCGACUGGGCGAUGAUAUUAAGCGUCUCGGCUCCCCGUUCCACUCUGACCCUUUCACCAAGUACUUUAACAAAAGACGUCAUAUGCCAUCCCACUCCCCCCGUCAUGCACCCUCGCUCUCCGAUCCAUUUAUCUCAACUUCCUUCGCCAACAUGCUCUCUGCUACCGCCAGGGAACGAGAACGUUACCAUCCCAUGUCGAUGUCGAAUUAUCAGGAACCGCCCAGUGAGAGCACUAUGACCACUCCCCGCGCGUACUACGACACAGACAAGGAAGGGAAGGAAGGCGUGGGUGCUGGUGUAGCGGAUGGCGAGGUAGUGAAACUUGAUACGCCUAACACGCCGUUCUCAUAGCGCCUCCUUUUCCAUUCCUUUUCCGAAUCUCCCCAUGCGCGCUAGAAAAAUUCA